GGGCAGGACAAGCUCUGCUGCCAGCUGUUUUAAGAAGCAUACACAAAGAAAGCUACGCAAGGCAUAACAAACGGAGGAGAGGCAGCCACAGGGUACCAGAGCUUGUAUAACAGCAUCGAUCACACCGGGGAACAAAGGACCGGCUGCAAAGGGAGCUGCAGUCAGUGAACGCCGCUCCUGUAGCUGUGCCACCUGCGUACAACAAUGCAGCCCGAAGAAGGAAGUAAACAGAAGCGGGGUGGAGGGGGCAGCUAUGGAAACAGACAAAAGAGCAGGAGAAGUGACGGGGCAGCGAUACCUCACGCCCCGGGCUUUCAGAAGUAACUCGCCAUACAAAGCAGGAAGGCAGCUGCAGAGUGCACUAGGCAGCGUCCCGUGGGAGCCACUGUUUGUGCAGCAGGAACCAGGGACACCCCUCAUUUUGUAGGGCUGCCCAGGCACCAGAGACAUCCUAUAUUUUGUAGGGCUGCCCUCUUUUUCCAAACACUGUCUCAGGUCUCCUCCUGCAGGCAGCUGCACCUUUAGCCCGCAUUCUCCUCUCUGAGGGCCAGCAGCUGCCUCUCGGACUCAUUCCUAGCGCAGGCCACAACCCCCCUCCACAUAUGGGGGCCAAGCCAGGAGCCCCAGGUGGCCACGGGGCCCAGAGGGCUGUGGGAAGGGCCCCGGGAACCACCACCAUGACACGCGGCAGCCGGCAGAGCCGAAGGCAAAGAGGUCACGCCAGCGGCGUUGUGGUGACCGUUCCUGAGAAGAUAGUGAAUGUCACGACAGGCGGCAACGCAACCCUCCUCUGUACGUACACGAGUUCUCAGCCGCUGGGAAAUUUCUUUAUCCAGUGGAGCUUUUACAGUGCCAAAGAGAGCCAGCUGCACACCCACUCCCCGUGUCACGGUAUUCUGAGUAUGGAUGAAAAGUCAGUCAGUCAUUGUCAAAAGAUGGUGUAUGUGACAGAUGCACGGGGAAGAUGUAGCUGGAGAUACAAGAUCUAUUAUUAUUCAGGAGGACAGUCUUACUCCUAUGGAGAGUUUAAGAACAGGAUCACAGCUGCAACAGGUCCAGGGAAUGCAUCGAUAACAAUCUCCAACAUGCAGCCCUCUGACACUGGUUCCUACACCUGUGAAGUUUUCAGCCCACUGAACGAUGCUGGCCAGAGCCAAAAAUCAGUGAUUGUCAACGUGCUGGUCAAACCAUCAAAGCCUUUCUGCAAAAUAGAAGGAACGCCAGAGAAAGGCCAUCUAAUCUACCUCUUAUGCAAAUGUGAAGAGGGAUUGCCUCACCCUACCUACCACUGGUACAAAGUAGACGACAAUACCCUCACGCCUGUGACUGAGCAAAUUAAUCCAAACACUGGCAUUCUUUACAUUGGCAACCUCACUACCUUUGAAACAGGAUAUUACCGCUGUAUAGCCAGCAAUGUCAUGGGGAACAGUACCUGUGAGCUUGACCUAACUUCAAUGCAUUCAGACAGUGCUAUUGUUGCUGGAGCAUUAAUUGGAGCAAUUGUGGCAGCUGUUAUCAUUUGUGUUAUCGUCUGGGUCUUAACCAAGAAAGCAAAGAAAAAGAAGUCAUCAAGUAAUGAAAUGCAAGUAAUGGCUCAGAAACAAUCCAAUGCAGAGUAUGUUCAGGUACCGAAUGAAGAAAACAUACCUGCAACCACAGCUCCGUCAAGCAACGCGACAAACGAAUACCCCAGUGUUGAUGAAACAGCAGCCUCUGGAACACCUGAAAAUGAUGAGAAGCAAGACGUGGAAAAAGAAGAAACAGCCUAGAAUUUAUUUCAACAGUUUUCCGUGUCAGCUUUGAAGCCCAUUAUAAAAAAAAAAUAACAAAAAAGCAAAUUUAUCAUUGAAUUAACACAGCAUUGGGACAUAAACUUAAAUCUGCAUUUGUGUUGGGAAACGUGGGGCUGGAGAUUGAAAAGGAUGCUACCUACACCUGCACUUUGUGAGGAGCAGACUGGGCCUUCGAGUUAAUCAAAUUUCACGUAUAUUUAUAACUAGAUAAUAAAUAUAAAAAACUACCAUCCACAGUUAUACAAUCUAUUUUACAAAAUUAAUUAGAAAAUGGUGUCAAGCAUUGAAGAAAAUAUGACCUUCCUGUCAGCUACCAGUGAUGCUGUACGUGUCCAUACAGUUCGGAACCACAGAAGCCUUCUCUGUGAAGUGUUAGCCAACCUCAUGGCUCCUGUGGACCAAGAACUACCAUCAUGGCCAGGACACUGCAAUGUUUAAAGGAUCUGAUUUUGCACUUCAGAAUUAAAAGCAUGUUUCAUCAAUUUCAUCAGAGUGCAGAAACAGAUUUAAAGACCUGGACCAAUGAAAUCUUGUGUCUGAAUUCCACUUAAAGUUAUAAAACCAAAACAGUCCUGGAAACGUUUACCUGUUGCUGCCUAACAUGGGACACACUUUGUUAACCACAGCCUUCUGACUUUAGAGCUCCCAAGGCACCAGCAUUCCAGAGCUGGGUAUUUCAGCAGUUUGGGUUCUCAGUGUAAUGGAAUUAGCAGUUGGGUGCCCAGUUUGAACCUUGACUGACUGGUUUCUAGAUAACAGGAGCUGGAAAUCUAAAUCCCUUACAAGGCUUGUAAUAAUAGGCACUCAGAAUAUCAGAUUCCUCACAAAAAGCAGAUGUAUCUGCUUUCAAAACUUAGAAACGAUCACUGCCAACUAUGUGACACAUCAACCUAAACUGCUUCCUCUUCCUGAGAUGACUUAAAUCUAUGUCCAGGCAGCUGCCCUACCCUCAAAGAGACAACCUCAUGCUACUUUUCUGCUGGUCUCUCUAGCCCAGUGUAAGUUUGUCCAUUUUCUAUAGGUGAAAGCUUCAGGAGGAAAGAUAAACAGUGGAUCCACAACAGCUGAGUAACGAGAUCCAAGAGAGGAAGGACAAAAGGCAAUUGAUCCAUAUACACUCUGAUCACUAAACACCUGUCUAGUGAAGAAGACAGACUCUUCUCUCAGGUCCCAGUUUCUAAAGACAAGCAAUCCUUC